AAGCCGCCUUAUAUUGAUGAAACCAAAACCUGUUUUAUAUAAUUCCUGUGUCCAAACAUUAUCUUUCACUCUGCACCCUUUUUGUAUCGCCGCCUGAUUAUCCUCCAACUCAAAGGCUGAAGGUAUUCUUGGACCUGUGUUUCUCUGUUCAAAUCCCAGGGGUUAGGUAGUAGCUUAUAUUGAGAUCGGAGUUUGAAGAUGGUGGCCUUGACAGAUAUUCUUCCGAAGGCAAAGUCAUCGGUGAACACUAAUUAUGAUCAUUCUAACGAUCCAUGGUUCAAAAGUAGGUAUAGUUUGUCUGAGGAUGGAGAUACUGAGGCCCCAAAGGCUAAGCCAGUGCCUCCUUACUUGAAACGCGCGGGGUUCAAGCCGUCAAAGCCUGAGGACUUUGGGGAUGGAGGGGCGUUCCCUGAAAUUCACUAUGCACAGUACCCGCUUGGCAUGGGGCGAAGUACGAAUCAGAAACCAGGUGGGAAGACUUUGCCUCUCACAGUGGAUGAGCGUGGGAACUUGAGAUAUGAUGCUAUUGUGAGGCAGAAUGAAAAUGCGAAGAAGAUUGUGUAUUCUCAGCACUCUGACCUUGUUCCGAUCUUUGCGAAGGAUAAUGAGGAAGAAGAAGAUAUGGAGGUGGAUGAGAAGCAGAAAGAGAUUGAUGAGACGACCCAAGAGACUAAGGCUGCACUUGAGAAGAUUGUGAAUGUCAGGUUGAGUGCUGCACAGCCAAAAAAUGUUCCUACACAGUCUUCAGACUCUAAGUUUAUUAAGUACAAGCCAUCUCAACAGUCAGCUGCCUUUAAUUCUGGGGCUAAAGAGAGAAUUAUUCGCAUGGUGGAGAUGCCAGUGGAUCCAUUGGAGCCGCCGAAGUUUAAGCACAAGAGGGUUCCAAAAGCUUCUGGCUCUCCACCGGUGCCUGUUAUGCAUUCUCCACCUCGGCCUGUGACUGUUAAAGACCAGCAAGACUGGAAGAUCCCACCUUGCAUCUCUAACUGGAAGAACCCAAAGGGAUAUACAAUACCACUGGACAAGCGUCUGGCGGCGGAUGGUCGGGGGCUUCAGGACGUUCAGAUUAAUGACAAUUUUGCCAAGUUAUCUGAGGCUCUAUAUGUUGCUGAACAGAAAGCUAGAGAGGCUGUUGCAAUGCGAUCAAAGGUUCAGAAGGAGAUGAUGAUGAAGGAAAAGGAGAAGAAAGAGAUGGAACUGCGGGAGCUGGCCCGGAAGGCAAGAUCUGAGAGAACUGGUGUUGCUCCAGCAGCUGCUGUGCCAAUGCCUUCUGAGAGGGGCGGUGUUAGUGAUGGUGAUAUGAAUAUUGAUUAUGAACGUGUCAGAGAUGCACCCAAGGAAACAAAAGAAGAGAGAGAGGAAAGGUUGCAAAGGGAAAAAAUUCGUGAGGAGAGGCGCAAAGAGAGGGAGAGGGAAAGAAGACUGGAGGCAAAAGAUGCCGCUAUGGGGAAGAAGAGCAAAAUUACCAGGGAUAGAGAUCGUGAUAUCAGUGAGAAAGUCGCUCUCGGAAUGGCCUCCACUGGAACGAGAGGUGGUGAAGUUAUGUAUGAUCAGAGGUUGUUUAACCAAGAGAAAGGGAUGGAUUCUGGUUUUGCCACCGAUGAUGCUUACAACAUCUAUGACAAGGGCUUGUUUACUACUCAAUCUACAAUGAGUACUCUGUAUAGGCCUAAGAAAGAUGCGGAUGAUGAGAUGUAUGGUGGUGCUGAUGAGCAGCUGGAGAAGCUGAUGAAGACUGAGCGCUUUAAGCCUGACAGGGCAUUUGCAGGCACAUCUGAGAGGACUGGUCCAAGGGACAGGCCUGUUGAGUUUGAUAAAGACCAGCCACCUGAAGAAGACCCAUUUGGUCUGGAUCAAUUCUUGACAGAGGUUAAGACAGGUAAGAAAGCAAUGGACAAAGUUGGGAGCGGAGGUACCUUGAAGGCUAGUGCUGGAUCCAUGAGAGAUGGCUUCGAGGGGUCAGGUAGAUCACGAAUUGCAUUUGACAAGGGGCGCUGAGUUUCCAUUUGCUUCGAUUGGCCCCCCAAGCUUCCAACUUUUGUUGCUUUGACACUUCAGGCUAUGUUUUAAAUGGAAACUGGAUUCGAGAUUGUACCUUGUCUUGCUGCCUUCAAUGAGACAAGUGAUGCUAAUCGCAUGCUGUAUUUGAUAUGAACCAUGACUUUGUUUUAUAGUAUGACCAACGAGUCUGUUUGUGCUUUUGCUUAAUUGAAUUUAAUGUCUUUUUAAGUGUUA